AUGCGACUCAAGCAGCAGUUCGAACGAGAAAAGCAGCUAGCCACGAGCUUCAAGAAGCUGCUGUACAAUCGCCGGGUGCGUCGAGAUGCAGAGCCGGAGGGGACACAAUCCACGAAACGUACCGAUAUCCCCGAAGGAUACGUCAAGAAGAUGGCAGCGAUGCUGUUUGACGAGCUUGCGGUUGGCGUGAAGCUGUGCUACGGCAAGGUGGGGAAUAUUUUCAAUCCACAACGAUCCGUCCCGCUGGAUCCAAUGCCUCGUGGGCUGCUGUUGGAUCGUGGACUAGAAACGAGAUGGGAAGAGCACAAGUUUUACAGCAGGAAAACUAUGCCCUUCGGCAUGCGAGCGACUGGAGAUGCGUGGUGGGAGAACUGGCACAACUACAGAGGUAACAGGUUUCAAGGCCUCGCGGCGGACGAAUUCGUGGAGCGUUUUGGACUGGAGAUGAGCGACUUCAAGACCAACAGUUCGUCCUACGCCUACGCGCAGCAGAUUACGCAGCGACACAUUGAAGACGACCGCAUUAUGGUGGUUUGGGACGCGUACGUGGAGCCGUUUGGCUUUAUUAACGAGCGUGUGGGCGGCGUCUACCUUUUAGAGCAGAACUAUGUGCUGAUACAGCCCGAGUACUGGAGUAGUGAGCGACAUGGGGAGAAGAAUGGAGGGUGUUCCACACGCGUGUCAACCUGCUACGCCAUCACACCUAACUUUCUGGAUUCGAAGCUGGAAGAAGACCCCAAGACCGUCGCGAUGAUCGACGUUUUGGUAAGCGCGAUGACUACCACCGCCAUGGCGCUGACUGAAAUGGUAGAGAAUUUCCUGCUGGACCAGGCGCUACAGCAAUUCUAA